GUUUUUAUAAAAACCGUUACCUAAAAAAUAGCAACAACCAGACAUCCAACUACUUACAUAAUAGGUUAGCCAUGAAAUUGCUCCUUUGUCGGAGAAGAAGAAAACUGAGAAAACACAACCACGAGUCUUAUCGCUGAGAAGCGAUCGAUCUCAGGAAGAAAUCAUUUCAAUAAGCUAAUCAGCAAUCCUUCCUGUCUUCGACGCUUACAGUGAGAGCUUUCCUGAUUUUUUUAAAUUCUAGGAACGAUCAACGGUUGUUGUUUCAUGAGCUGUUGAAAGGGAUCCUUAGCAGGCACCAAAAGCUACCAUAUCAGUAGCUUUUGAUCAGUCAGCACCCGAGAAAUGAGGUCUAGCCCAAUGUGCUUUGGACUGCGCAUGUCAUCAAGAGAUGCGCCGCCGACCCCAAAGCAUGCCAAUCAAGCUGCUGGCCGUUCAAAAGAAUCAACUGAAUACAUAAAUCCUGGUCUUCGACUCUGGAAUGAGAGCAGAGAGAAAUGGGUAGCCGAUAAAAAGAUAGCUACUCGAUCUCAAUUGUUGAACGUGCUCAAAUUAAGAUCUAUCUGCAUGGAUACAAAGCUUCAUCUUUGCUCCGUGACAACGUGCAAGGAUAUGCAUAGGCUGCUUAACAGCGCAGAGCCGUUUCCCAGACCUGUUCCUCUUGGGGAAAUGGUGGAUUUUCUGGUUAAUGUGUGGGAUGAUGAAGGAAUGUAUGAGAUGAUCUAAGAGGGAGAUGAGUAAUUAGUAAGUAUAUCAGCAACAUGUUCAAAAUGGCUUUAUAUAUUGGACAUAUAUAUUUUGGCUGUAGAUAAAAUUAAAGAUGUAGGAAUAAUGUAAGGUGGUUGUGUCAUUUUUGUUGGUAAUAUUCAAACAGCUUUCUCCCU